UUUUUAAAUGGGAGGGAGAGCAAGGAGGACCAGCACAAAUCAGAGGAUACAGCAUCACCUCAGCGAGACAAGAUAACAAAGAGCCUCACCAGGAGUACGAGUACAGACACAAAGACAAAAAUAUCCCCAAUAAGGAGAAGUGGAACCAGAAGUGAAGAUGAACCUGUUAGUCAUCCUCGCUGUAUUUGCCGCUCUAAGUGUUGAUGUGGCUUUUUCAGGAAAAAGGUCCAAAAAGAGAUGGUUACCUGAGCCCCGGGAGACUAACAAUGAGAUGUGUCGGUCUGGAGACGGGAGCAGCUACAGAGGAUUUGUGUCAGAGUCGGCAUACGGAAGCAGAUGCAUCAACUGGAACAGAUUCACUCAACCAAGAGGAGCUUCAAAAGGACUUGGGGACCAUAACUACUGCAGGAAUCCAAACGGGAGUUUGAUGCCGUGGUGUCGUGUCCGCAGAGGACAGAAGUACUUAAGAGAAUUCUGUGAUGUUCCCAGAUGUUCUACAGAGACGGUGAAACCUCCUCAGGCCGUGGAUACAGAGCUGACAUGUGGGGAGAGGUCUGAGCGGAGGCUGAAUAAAAUUGUAGGUGGCUCCUUCUCACCUAUCGAGUCUCAGCCAUGGGUGGCUGCCCUCUUUCAGCAGCGUUCUGGUUUCCUGUGUGGUGGCUCUCUCAUCGCACCGUGCUGGGUUGUCACAGCCGCACACUGUUUCUCAGACGGCGACGACACCAACAUCAAGCAUCUGUCUGUUUACCUGGGGAAGUCUGCCAUCAAUGAAACUGAGGCUGACAAGGAACAGAGCUUCACGGUGGAGAAACUCAUCAUCCAUCAGAAAUUCAACGAGUCCAAUUUUGACAAUGACAUAGCGCUGUUGAAGAUCAAAAGCAGAAGUGGAGGAUGUGCGGUGAAGUCAGAGUCUGCUCGGACAGUGUGUCUUCCUCCGCUUCGCACUCAGCUUCCUGCAGGAAUUCAGUGCAGCAUCGCAGGAUUUGGACAUGAGAGAUCCUGUAUGUAGUGCAGAUACUCUAACCCACAGAUUAAUG